GAGGAGAAGAUUGGCGUCCUUUCUGACCGAAGCCACCGAGCCCAAGCGAGACCUCACCGGACGAACCCGAUCCAAAGCGAUCCACGACCCCGAGUGACCCGAAGUGACUUCGGACUUCGGACAUUCACAUGGCCUAAAAGUGCCAACUAGCAGCUAGCACCCUUUUUCUUGAGCCACAUGAGAGGGUCGUAAGUGUAUGUACAGGUGUGCAAGCGUGAAAAUACAGAAACGGAGCGUUGAACGGUAUAGAUCUCAGCGGAAGAUGAGUCAAUGGGAGUACCGUGUGUUGCCGUUGGGAGUACCUCCGGUGUGAUGCUGAUUCCUCAGCAAAUGCUGAGGCGAAGUGGAGGUGAAGCCUUCCUUCGUGGCCUGGCGUUUGCAAUUUGGGGGCGAUCGCUGAGGCAUUUGAAUCAAGAAAGCCCUACCUAGAAGUCCACUGGGGCCAAGUCAAUCCUGGUCCUUGACCUCAUUGAGUACUGGUUUUGCACAACCGGAUCCAGUCAAAUGAGGUCCUUGACCUAGGGAAGGAUUAUGACCCAGGACCCAGAUAUACCAUGAUAAUAAUUAUACCUAAGGUUUGGAUGUUUACUUUUUCUUUGACCAGCGGGUUGGAUAAGACCCAUUUUGAGAGCCAUGGUCAACAUCCCAAAGGGGCUGACUGCCACAUCCUUUCCAAAGAUUCAAUUGACACUUCUUUGGGAUUGGUUGGACUGACUGUAGGCCACAACACACCAUCGUCCACCCGAACUCCAUAGAACUCUGUGCCCUUUGCUGCACGACCUUUGGACCCAGCGAACCCUCUUCAUCCUCCCGGCCACGAUGGAAUCAGCUCACCUGCUUCCAGCUUUCAGCCCAGAGACGCUCGGGAGCCAGGUGCUGCAGCGCUUCAGCAUCUACGAGCCGGGAGGUCCCGACGAAGCCCGGAAGUGGACCUCGCAGAUGGAGACCUUGCAGUCCUUGGGCAUCGUCACGAUGGCCAGAGGCCUCACCGAGGAGAACCGCUCCUACGGAUAUUUGAAUCCCUUGGAAGACCCUCACAUCGCGGCCAUGGCCAAGGGAACGGAUCGCUCGGCGAGGCAAGUGAUCGACCGAUGGUGGCUGCAACUGGGAGGGAUGCUGCUGGUGGAGGACCACCUUGAGGAGCACUGGGCCGCGUUGGAGGGCGCUUUCGAGGAGUCGCAGAUGCGUCGCCUCAACGGCCUCGCCAGCCUGGCGGCCUCCUCGCCCGGGCGCCGCGCACCCGUGUGGUGCGAGGAUGUCUACCACCUCUCGGAGUUGCCUUUGGAGACCUGAGCCGAGCGAGGACGCGGAAGAACGACAGAGAACGAAGAG